GUUGGUGCACACUUGAGACAUCCUGAUCCACCACUCAAAUCAGUGACAACCUACUACUAGUAGUACAACUGUUGACCUGCCUCAAGCUUAGAUCGGCUGCUUCAAGACAACUACCACCAACACUGCCACCACCAGUAGCACCACUGUGGGGAGCGAUAGCCGAUCUUACCUCGACUACCUCUCCUACCCUCUGCUUCCCUUGUUCACCUGCCGAGCAAGACGCAGCUGAUGCCUUGGAUUCUCUGCCUUGUACUGCUUCAUUCCUCAGGUGGAUAUAUAUCACCCGGCAUUCUGCUAGUCUCCUGAAGACUUCUUGUCCCUCUACUACUGACCCAACCUCCCACUGAUCUUGUCUAGCAAAAAUGCCUCGCAAGAAAGCCUCCUCCCCGGCUCCCAGCCUUUCCUUGUCGGGUAUUGCUAUCACUUUUGCUUCCUACUCACCCACUGUUCAUUCCUAUCUUGAGGAGAAGACCGUCCAGCAGGUAAAGGGCGACAUCGCCGAGUGCGGUGGCAGCUACACCCCUCGGAUCGAUCUAUGCUCUCAUUUCGUCGCUAGUCAAGAUCAGUACGACAGAAAGCUCAAACGCGUCGUCGAUGCUGUGGCCAAUACCGACGUGGUCAUCGUCAGUUAUGACUGGCUGGUGGCUUCGCUCAAAUCAAAGACACCUGUCAGCACCGAUGGGCACGUCCUUGUCCCGGCUGGUGCUGAUAGUGACGGCGACGCCGAGAGUGAUACAGACACUCAGCUCCCCAAGAACCCAACCACACCUCUGAAGCGUCGGCGACAAGAUGAUGAUGAUGACGAUGAACAGGAUCUCGCGCUCACCAAGAAAGCAAAACUUUGUAUUCCGGCUCCAUUUCCGACUAUUGGUGAUGAAGCAGAAGACGAUGAGGAAGACACAGCGAUUGCUAAACAACCAACGAUCAAUGUCCCUGUGGACAAAUUCAACAGCAAGCAUGUGGAGGGACACCGUGUUUAUGUCAGCGACAACGGAGUCCCUUAUGAUGCCACGCUCACCUACUCCCAUUCUUACCAUAACAACAACAAGUUUUACAGGAUGCAGCUAUUGGUCAACACAGAGACUAAUAAAUACCACUGCCACUGCCGCUAUGGCCGCGUCGGCGACAAUGGACAAUCAAGGGUGCUUGGGAACGGUACGUUGGCAAAUGCCAUUCGCGAGUUCGAGAAAAAGUUCAAAGAGAAAAACGGCAAUGUCUGGGAACACCGAAAUAAGCCUCCGGGUCCACACAAAUACACCUACAUCGAGAUGAAUUACGAAGCUUCUGACGACGAAGAGGAACAAGAUGACGAUCAGCAACCAACUCCGCAGUCCAAGCGGGCCAACAAAGUCAAGGAUGUGCCGAAGAUCGAGAGCAAGCUGCCAGAGAGUGUGCAACGUCUGAUGAAUCUCAUCUUCAAUAACAAACUGUUUGAGAGCAUCAUGGUUGACCUCGAUUAUGACUCAAAACGCAUGCCGCUCGGGAAGCUUAGCAAGAAGACUCUUCUCCAAGGCUAUGAGGUCUUGAAGGAGCUUGCGACUCUGAUUGCAAAUCCGGCUCCUGUGUCUUUGUCCUACAGCAUAGAUAUCGAGAGGAAAAGCAACAAGUAUUUCUCGCUCGUCCCACACGUUGUCGGUCGCAAAUCGGUCCCGGUUUUAUCCACAUUGGGUCUCAUUAAGCGCGAGAUCGAGUUGUUGGAAGCCUUGACAGACAUGCAGUUGGCGAACGAGAUCAUGAAGGCAGCAAAUAUCGACAAGCCCACCAAGCAGGAGAGACUCCACGUCAUUGAUCGACAAUAUGAGAAACUCGGCUUGCGGGAGAUGACGCCUGUCAAGAACAACACCAUGGAGUAUCUUGAGAUAUUGAACUAUUUGAGACACUCGGUGGGUAACACUCACGGUUACAAAUAUCAACUCGAGGAUGUUUUUCGCAUCGAGCGUGACGGCGAAGCGGACCGGUUGAAUAGCUCACCGUAUGCGAAGCUCGGUCGAAAGAGUGAUCGGCGUCUCCUGUGGCAUGGCUCGCGGUGCACCAAUUUCGGCGGUAUUCUCAGUCAAGGUUUGCGAAUUGCACCACCGGAAGCACCGUCGUCGGGCUACAUGUUUGGAAAGGGCGUCUAUCUGGCGGAUAUGAGUAGCAAGAGUGCAGGCUACUGUUUCCACACCAACAGUGGCGGCACCGCACUGUUGCUGCUCUGCGAAGCCGAGCUGGGAGCCGAUCCAUUGCGACUAGCCCACUCUGAUUACGAUGCAGGAGAACGAGCAAAGAAAGCCGGAAGUAUCUCCACCUUUGGCAUGGGCCGAACCGUGCCGCAGCGUUGGAAGGAUGCCUCGUGCAUUCACCAGGGGUUGAAGGGUGUUAAAAUGCCUGAUGUUGUCACGAAACCUGCCGGCCCGUCUUCUGAACCCAACGCCUCGCUGCUUUACAACGAGUACAUUGUCUACGACGUCGCUCAGAUCAAGCUUCGAUAUCUGCUGCGAGUCCGGAUUAAUUGACGACCACGUUGCAGUUACAACCGAGCCAGUCGAAUGUUUCCAGUCACGACUCACCCCGAGCUUUGUUCUGUGUCUUUUUUUUCUCUACUUCAGCAACAGCAUUGAAGCGUUGGGUCCGACUAACUUCAGUGAGUGGUCACGCACGCCGACUCACUUGGCCUCGAGAUGGUUCGACCAAUGAAUGUCUCGCUCACAUGGAGACCCGAGAACAACCCAAAACUUGUCAUGAUGUGGCAGCAGCAGACACCUUCAUGGACCACAGCACCUUGAUCAUCGGCGAGCACACCACUCAGAGCUAGGUGGGAUAAGUUGGCUGGCUAGCUUUCAUCACAAACAGCACAGUCAAUGGGUGACAUGAAGUCCUUUUUAUUCUCUCCUGGUUCCCAGCACAAUUCGUAUUGUUCCUGUUUGUUUCGUUGAUCCUAUUUUGCUUGCUCUUGUUCUUCUGCCGCCGCUCUUUGGUACUAUUGUAUUCCUGCUUUCUGUUUUUGACCCUCGUUGGUGGUCUUAUUGUACGUCGUAAAAUUUGAAAGUUUGGAAUCUGAGCGAGAAACCCCAAUUUGUUCCAUCAUUUAUCGUUCGAUGGCUCUAACAUAACCAUUCCUAGCCAUGCAAGUAUUCAUUAGAAGGAAGUCUCGGACAGUAUAUGUAUGUAUCGAAGAGGAUGAUGAUUUAAGAAUUGAUAUACCCUUUGAGAAUGAUUCAGCAAUAUAUUCAUUCACUCCG